AUGCCGCGAUCGCGAGGAACCAAGAGGAAGCCGUGGCGGCGAAAAGAGCUUCUCUCAUCUAUCACAAGGAAAAAUCCCCCCUCCCCAUAUCAAAAGGAAGUUUCUGAUGCUGGAUUUGCGUACACAGAUCAGGUUUGUCUUGCAGUAGAGGGCUGCAGGAUCCUGCCAAGCCUGAGUAGAGAGGUGUUGGCCUAGGCGCUUAGCACGAGAAACGUCUAUGCUGUAGGCCCAACACCAUCACUAGAACCCGCCUGCAUAAUACAACAGAGUCUGUGGAGUUGUCUUCUUGCAAGACAGACGUGGUUUGUGGUCUCAAAUCAGCAACGCAAAUUUUCGGAAACAUACAUCUUCGAUAUGGGGAGGGGGGAUUUUUCCUCUCAAUAUCAUCGCCCCAACGGGCAGGGCCAAUUCCGCGGCAAGCGACUGGUUGCGCAGCGACCUUAAGGAACUGUCCCUGUGCACGAAUGACGAGCUUAACAAGGAACUACUUGUGAAGCUACUCGGCUUCGGGGAGGAUAAAGUGGAGGACCUCGUGGCUUCGUGUGGAAUGCCGAAGGUGCUCCUGGGCGUAUCAAAUGCAAAUAUGUAGUCGU